CUAUGCCUUUAUAAGUCACUUGCGAUCUUGAAAAACCCUGAUCUGAGCUUAUUGAAUUCAAAACUUAUGGCUAUGGUUCUGAAUCCUCUGAUACUUCUUAGUCUUCUAACCUUUGUUUCAAUUGCCAUGGAGACUCCACCAAUGGCCAAGCCAAAUUGCGUCGACAAAUGUGGAAAUGUGAAGAUACCUUACCCAUUCGGCAUCGGAGAAGGAUGCUACAGGGAUCCUGAUUAUAAUAUUAAAUGCGAUCCCGGCACCCACAUGCCCUAUAUUCGAGGAGAGGCUAAGCGUGAGGUUAUUAAUAUAACACUAUCACCACCCCAGCAAGCCGUAGUGAAGCAUAAAUAUUUUGCUUCACAAUGCUACAAUUCUAUACAAAAGGUAACGAAUUUUCACCCCUACUGGUUUGAUCUGAACCAAUCGCCUUUCAGGUUCGCAGAAAGCAACAAGUUCAUGGCCAUUGGAUGCAACACUAUGGCCUAUAUAGGCGAUGAAGGCUUUACAAGUGGGUGCUUAUCUCGGUGCAAAAGCAUGGAUAUUUUGGUAAACGGGUCUUGCUCUGGAAAUGGUUGUUGCCAAAGCUCAAUUCCUAAUAAGGGUCUCAAAUUUUUCAACGUGAGCUUUGCAAGCAUGCUUUACGACUCGGAGUGGGCUUCCGACCGUUGUAAAUUUGCCGUCGUAGCUCAUCCAGACUCUUUCACCUUUGACACAUCAUAUGCUAGCAUGUUGAAUGAUAAAGCAUUCCAAAUUACCAGUAGAACGCAGCUUGAAAUGGUGUUGGACUGGGCAAUUGGGAAUCAGACAUGUAAAGAAGCGCUUGAUGAUAUAUCUUAUGCUUGUGGUCCAAAUAGCCAUUGCAAAGAUUCAACCAAUGGCCCCGGUUAUAAUUGUUACUGCCAAGAAGGUUUUGAAGGUAACCCUUAUCUCCCUCAAGUGGGAUGCCAAGACGUGGAUGAAUGCAAAGGAUCCCAUAAUUGCUCUGAAAAUGCUAAAUGCAACAAUUAUCUUGGGGGUUAUAACUGCUACUGUCCAAAACACUUUAAUGGCGAUGGUUGGAACAAUGGAACUAAAUGCAAACAAACGAUAGUGAAUCGCCUUGCUCCAGGUAUUGGUGCUGCAGGCUCUAUAUUUCUACCUGUCUUUAUUUGGCUUUGGUUUUGGGCAAUUCAGGAAAGGCAACGGAAAAAAAAUUUCGAAGAAAAUGGAGGUAUUCUAUUGAAGCAACAAAUAGCUAAUCUUCAAAAGGUCAAAUUAGAGAAGGAGACAAAGAAAGAGGACAAAAGUUUACCGGAGAAAGGGGACAAAGAAAUUUUCAAGUUUUUCACCCUAAGAGUGAUUAAGAAUGCAACCCAAAGCUUCAAGAAUCCACUCAGAGAAGGAGAGUUUGAUAAAGUUUAUGAUGGUGGCAAAGUACCUGCCACUAUUAGGAAACCCGAAAAGAUGAACAAAGGUCAGAUUAUACAGUUUAUAAAUGAGGUUUAUUUUCUCUCACAAACCAACCAUGAUCAUCUGGUAAAGCUCUUGGGUUGUUGUCUAGAGGAUUCUAAACCAAUGUUAGUUUAUGAGUUUUUCUCCAACAGGACCCUCUUCGACUAUAUCCAUGGGGAGGAAGAUAGGGAAGAAUGUCUUUCAUGGAAAGAUCGUUUAAGAAUUGCGACAGAAUUAGCCAAUGCCCUAGACUAUUUGCACUCUUUUCAUUCGGUGCCAAUCUUUCAUGGGAAUGUCAAGUCUUCUACAAUACUUAUAGGUAAUAAAAUGAAGGCUAAAGUAUCUGAUUUUGGAACUUCAGGUUUUAUUUCUAUUCAACCGAAUGAAUAUGAAAAGAAGAAACCAACUUUUCAAGGGAAUAGUGGGUACUUAGAUCCAGAAUAUUAUGGUACAGAUUGUCAAUUAAUUGAUAGAAGUGGCCCCGAAUUUUGUCGUGCAGAUUGCCAUAUAACUGAUAAAAGUGACGUUUAUAGUUUUGGAGUGGUUCUAAUGGAGCUUGUGACUGGGAAAAAGCCAUCUGGGAUAGAUAUAAAGGAAACCCUAGAAAAUUUUAUUGCGUCUCCAAUGCAAGAUGAGAAUUUUCUUGAUGCCCGAAUAAAGAAGGAUGGGAGGAAAGAAGAUUUCAAGAAAGUUGCUGAGUUUGCAAUAAAAUGCGUACAAGAUAAAGGGGAAGAUAGGCCGACAAUGAAAACAGUUGUGAUGCAGCUUGAUUCUUUUAAAGUGUUGUUUGAAGCAUCGACAAGUUCUAGUACCAAUAUAGCACCUGAAUAGAUGUUGGUCAUUGAUUGUUUAACUACUGAUGAUCUCUACAAAAAUGAUCUGGUGUGAGGGACGAAGGCACAAGAAGCUGAACCGAUUGCAGUGAUGGAAGUGCUGAGUCAUGCUAGUGUGUUAAGCACUUCAAGCUUAUUCUAUACUUGAGUGAUGAUGGAUUUGUGGUGACUUUUCCUUAGUUUGUGGAAUUGGAGUUCAGGACUGUUGGCUCAGGUUUUGUAUAAUAGUUGGUUUCUUUUGAAACUAUCUUUAUUUAUGAUGUGAUUGUCCACGUGUGAGUAUUAAUCACAAUUUGGAAGCUUUGGAUUUUAUUAAUGGUGAGGAUUUUCAUUUGUCGGGGUCUUUUUAUCAA